CAUUCCAUCAGCAGUUUGUCUCCAAAGAUGCUGCUCACCAAAACGCAUAAAUAAACACCUUUACGCACCGCGAUGUGACAGAAGAGGGGCGACUUUACUCGUGGAGCAUUGGAUUGUGAUAUUUUCGGAACCCCGUGUGCCCGUCGGGAUAAUUUGGAGGAUCUGUAAUGUAGAGUUUGCUGUUUGAGAAGAUGCCUUUGAGCAGGAACUGCGUUUUCUGUGGGCUACACUCUGUUUCUAUUGACCAGGAGCGUUACGCACAGCAUAUUUCCAUGCGUUAGAGGAGCGCACCAGUCGUGGCUGUUUUUGGAAACGAAAAGGGUGCAAAACAACAAACAUGACACGAAAGGACAAAUUUGAGCCAGAAUGGAUUUAACACAGUUAAAUUUGUUGGUGGAAAACGUUUCCAACAAUGACAACAACACGGACGCAACGUUUGGCUUACCACACACGGUGGCAGCCACUGCGCUCAUCAUCGUGGUGGUUACUGUGAUCAUCUCGGUGACCAUUGUCGGUAACGUGUUGGUAAUUGUAGCGGUGCUGACCAGCCGGGCUCUCCGUGCGCCCCAGAACCUUUUCUUGGUCUCUCUGGCAUCAGCGGACAUCCUAGUCGCCACACUGGUCAUCCCCUUCUCCCUCGCCAAUGAGGUCAUGGGCUACUGGUACUUUGGAAGUACUUGGUGCGCCUUCUACCUGGCUCUCGACGUGUUGUUCUGCACCUCAUCCAUCGUGCACCUGUGCGCCAUCAGCCUUGACCGCUACUGGUCAGUGACAAAGGCGGUCAGCUACAACCUGAAGCGGACACCGAAACGCAUCAAGUCCAUGAUCGUUAUAGUGUGGGUAAUAUCUGCUGUCAUCUCCUUCCCUCCUCUUCUCAUGACCAAACAUGAUGAACGCGAGUGCCUGCUGAACGACGAGACCUGGUACAUCCUCUCCUCCUGCAUGGUGUCCUUCUUUGCUCCGGGUCUCAUUAUGAUUCUGGUUUACUGUAAAAUAUAUAAGGUGGCAAAGCAGCGCUCCUCCACCGUGUUCGUGGCCAAGAACGGCCUGGAGAGGCAGCCCUCUCAGUCCGAGACCUGCUUCGUCAGGAAGGACCGGUUCGAGACGGAGAGCCCCAGUAGCCAGAGCUCUGGCAGCCACCAGCAGAGGCAGGGGGAGCUGGAUGACAUCGACCUGGAGGAGAGCUGCUGUCCGUCGGAUACUAAACCCCGCAAUCAUCGCUUCACCAAACGGAGAAAGGUGGAGGGGUCAGACUGCUGCCCGCCUCAGAACUGUCGUCUCUCCUGGGCUUCCUCCCGGGCGUCACAACUCUACCCGGAGCAGAAGAACACAGCUGUGCGACAGCAACAACUUACAGCGGCCAAUAAGACCAAAGUGAGCCAGAUGCGGGAGAAACGUUUCACCUUCGUGCUGGCGGUAGUGAUGGGGGUGUUUGUGCUUUGCUGGUUCCCCUUCUUCUUUACGUACAGCCUGCAUGCUAUCUGCAGAGACAGCUGCUACAUCCCUGGCGCACUUUUCAACCUUUUUUUUUGGAUCGGCUACUGCAACAGUUCUGUAAACCCCAUAAUUUACACCAUUUUCAACAGGGAUUUCAGGAAAUCCUUCAUGAAAAUCAUAUGCAGAACUUCUAAACGCACAUAAACAGAACAGAGUCCUGGGACAGAUCUGUGUUGCCUCUUUCACUCAAUGCUGGGCGUUAUAAGCACUCGUUCCUUCUCCCCAAAUUCAUUUAAAUGUAACUACUAUCAUAUUUUAAAAAAAAAUACCCAGUGUUGUAAACAUAUAAAAAGUCUGUGAAUAAAAUUUUAAGUUGAGCAAAACAAAAGAGACAUAUUUUUAGUGCACCAGUGUUGCAAAUAAGUAAUUUAAUCAGAUACAUUUACGCCACACUUGUAAUAUGUUCAUUGUAUAAUAAGUCCUGCAAACAUGCACAUUCAAACGUAAGAUUUUUGUAUUGGAUAAAUCACAAAUGCUGCAGCAAGCAGGAGGAAAGAGCUACUUCAAGGAUCAAUUGAAGUCAUGAAUGUAGCUGGAUUCCAGUGCUGGCGGCUGGAUCGCAGUGGGUGAUUUGUGUAAAGAUAAAAAGAUGAAUCUCCAGCAUCCAUAAGAUAUGAGCAUGGGGAUAAGGAGGCAAGCAAGUAUGGCCUGUGUGAGUGUGUCUCACGGGGAAAUAAAAAUGAAAUGAAAUGCUAUAGAUCAAAUGAUUUAAGUUUAUCAUCCUGUGUAGAAUGUAGCAUUCUAAAAAUGUUUGGCAUAACUGCAGGUAUUUCGAACACACAUGUAUUUUUUCUUGCAGCAGUUAAAGCUACAGCAAGACUGCCAAUUCUUAUCAGUGAACCCCCCAAAUUUAUGUAAGAGUCUAAUCUCACACCACCUCACACCAGAACAAUGGCCAAGCUCAGGCCUGCGUGUGCAAAAUCUAUUGGACAAAUCUGUGUUUCAUUUCAACACCUCACAUACCUCAGUAUUUUGUCGGUAAAUAUUAAAACCAUGCAAGAUCACUAUUCUGCAACACAACCUUAUUGCUAGGUUAUAUAGUUCAGCAAAUAUUAUUUUCAUUGUGUUGUGAAAUAUUUUUUUCACUCUCUUACAAAUAAAAUGUGAAUGGUAAGAUGAGAAAAAUAAUUUCCUGUAGAUUUGACUGACUGUGACAUUGCCAGAGGAUUGUAAGGAUGCUCACUUGUGAAACAACCUAAAUAGUGUCGUAAAAAUAACAUCUCCAGACAAAGUUAUUGCGGGAAGAGCUGGAUCUCCAUCCAUCAAAUCUCAUUGGUUCAAUAAGAUAGCUUAAUGUAAUAUCUAAACAUCAGGCUCCUCUGCUUUAUAAAGCUGUUAUCAUAGAAAAAGUCCAACAAAUUAUGACUUCAACUAUCCUUUAACCUAUGUAUAUGUAGAAACAAUUCAGAGCAGAAACAAGUCUUCACAUUGUAUGGGGGAAAUAUAUAUUGUUACUACGUGCAAAGGAAAUGUGGUUAGAUUCCAGGGUCUAUUUUUACUGCACACUGCACAACACUGUUUCCCAUAUAGCCUCAAACUGUGGUUGCUUCAUGGUGCAUCUGGGAUAUAUAAAGUGGAUGUGAAAUGUUGUAUAUAUGAUGAAACUCGUAUGAGAAGUUCCUGCGCUUCUUUGGAAAAACUCGGCUAUAGUGAGAAAAAGGUUGACCGGCUCCAUAUCAGCCUAUUGUCUAUGGGGGUGCGGUGGAAAGAUACACUAUUUAUAUCCUCUUAGGAAUGUCUUCAAAGCAGUCCUACGGCUCAGUGGCGCCUUGCCAAAGAUAAUCACACUGUUUGAGGGGUGUCAUGCUUGAAAGGAAUGUUUAAAAAAAAAGUUGUAUCCAGCGUUUCUUGUGAUGAAGGUGUUGUUGAAAUAUCAUCGAGGGAAACAAGAGCGAAGGGGGUUGCAUAUUUCCUUUUUUUCCUCUUGACGCACAGCACCAUUUUAUUCAUGAACAGAAUUAAAUAGUCUGAGAGAAGUGCAGCUGGUGAGAGAGAGGAAACUUUAUCUCAAAGGGAUUCACAAACUCUUGAAACAGAUGAAAUGUCUGGGCCGAGUCACACUCACAGGUAGCAUUCAAAUUAGCUUUGUAUCUUCAUCUUGAAGAAUUACUGGGAGGAAAGCGAUGUUAAUGAUGUCGUAUGAUGUAACGAUGGAUUUGUGUAACUUGAUGUUGUUGUGUAUACAUAUGCAUCUUAAUUUCUAUAUAGAGAGCACAGUUAUUGUCCUGGGAGGAAAUAUUUCCAUGAGUACUCAUAUGUAAUUUUCUUCCUGAUUGUAUACCGAUUACUGUCCAACAAGACAUGUAACUCCCUUGUUAAAUCUCACUUCCCGAUUUAAUUAUCUUUCUAAUCAACUGCUCAUUGCAGCACAAAUGGAGCACAGUGCUUUUAAUCAGCUGUUAGUGUUUUGUCAAUUUCAGUCAUGUGUAAUCUCUCCGAAUUGAGAGACCUACAUGCAGAGCAGCAUGGUAUGUUAUACUAUGUUAAUUUUCACCUAAAGAAAAACUAAAUUUUCAAACAAGACUAAACACAGAUCCCUCACAAUCCUUCAUGAGAUAAAUGCUCUGCUAAUUGCACUUGUAUUCAAGACAAAAUUUGUGUUGUUUAUCCUGUGAUUUGCAUGCCUCUCCUAGUGAGCCUUUUGUUUAUCCCAGACUGUAAAAAAAAGUUGGAGACGAGUUCAGGAUGAGAAGCCGAGCUGUGGUGACCCUCAACCUCCCAAAUCCUCUUCAUGAGAGCAACAGACCAACUGGACAGAGUCAAAACAUUUCCUGGUGUGGGAUGCUGAAGGAAAAGCUUUAUUCUGGGCUGUUAAAGGGAAGGAAGAGUGGAUGGUCAGAGCCAACUGCCAGGGUCAGCAGCCCGGGCAAGGGAUAUUUACAGUCACAGUAGUUUGAGGAGAUGUGGUUAUAAAUGUUUUAAGAUGCGUGCAGCGUCUUAGGACGAGAGAGAGAGAGAGAGAGAGAGAACAAUGCUGAGAGCAGUUGUGUGUUGUCCUCUGCUACAUUAUCUUGUUUAUCAGGUACAAUGCGGCAUCUGCAGGUAAUUGCUUUUUUCAAUUGUCUCUAACAAGAUAAGAGUUGGAGGUGAGCAGGGCCAAAACUGGCAUCAAUCCCAGGAAGCUGCGUAUCUGGAGAGGAAGAGCUAGUUUGUCAUUAGUGGAAAUCAGCUGGUGUUCAAGUGAGGGAGGGACUGAGCUCGCUGCCUCCAGGCUGUUCUAGCAUAUCGCCCCGUUCAACACAAGUAUGUGACUUGAGGUGUCAAAGGAAAUCAUAAAACUACAGUGCUCACCGAAAGAUGACAGUCAGAUUACUGGCCUCUGUGUUUUGCAUGUACACAUAUGCAGAUGUGUAACCUCCAUGCCUCUUGGUUAGACCAAGCAAGUGGAUAUUCUACUCACUGGAAGAAUUACCAAUUUCCAGACAUUAGAUAUUUUAAGAUCUAUUUUUAAAAAAUAUGAAAGAAUUCAGCUUUGAAAGAAAUGUAUGGCGCUAUUCUAUAUUUCUCUUGAUCCCAGGAAACAAACAAAACCGACAAUACAAAUAAACUGCACUUUUAAUUACAUUUAGAGGAAAACAUAUUUUCUUCUGGACCAAACGGUUGCAGUUAGAAACACGUAGUAAAUGUUGUAAAUUGAAGAAAAAAAAGAAGAAAAAAAACGGUACAAAACUAUUCAGGUCAGGUUUAGUAAAAAACAUGGUUCGGCUUAAAACGACUAUGGAAUUGAAACAAAACAAAAACGCAACAAGUUCACAAUGGACACAAACAGCAGUCUCCUGGGUGAAACUCCUGUGUUUUCAUCUAUCCACCACCCCAAAAAUCCACACCUGAAAAACAUACUUUACUUCUCUUUGAGUAACAGCAGAGGCCAGCUGUUUUAGAAGGAAAAACCCAUUAACUGUUUUUAGGGUACUGAAACAUUAUGUGUGGCCCGUUUUUAACAAAAUAAAUGGAGAAAUGUGAUUGAGAGCCACAGACAGAUUUCUGCAUUGUUUCUUUCAGGCUUUUCAUUUGAAGUUGUUUACAAAAAUUAAGAUAUAGAAUACUGCCAGCCUCAUGCUUUAAAAGUAAAUAAAAUCCAUAUUAAAGUAGACCAACAAUCUGAUUGAACCAGAAUUUCUUGUUUGGGCUGAAAACUUUGAUUAUGCUUCUUCGCCUAAACACUUUCAAACAAAAGUAUGCUUUCCCCUGUUCUGUUCUUAUAACUGAAGAAACAACUUUUGGUGUGAUUAAUUUGUGGUGUGUAGGAAAACGUUCAGUACCUUAAGGCACAACCACGAUACUUAAUCGAUGUAGUUAUCUCCUCUCUUGCUCUGUUGCCUGCCUUGUUCCUGCAUUUGGUAUAAAACUAGUUAUGAAAGCAGUUAUUCAAAGAGAGAUGUGCAUCUGUCUCUCUGUUUAUCAUUUAUUCGCAUUCCUCAGUGAGUAUUGUAUAUUUGUUGAAAAAAUAUUGAAGAUAUUGACAAAGAUGUCAAGUCAUGGCAGUUACAAAUUAUUCACCAUCUGUCCCGUUUAUAGAACUGAACAUUCAAGGAAUUCUUGCUCAAAGGCGUCAGAAAACAGAUGGUAUGGUACCGUGCAGAUGUAAACAUGUGAACAUUGUCUUGUAUUGUAUUGUUUGUCUUUAGUGGGAAGAAUUGUAUUCAUCCCCACCCACUCUAUUUCAUAAAAGUCAACGUGCUUCUUCAGCUUUCUGUGUGAGAUUAAAUCUUCUUUUGUUUGUAGCGGGCAUCCACAGGCAAUAUUUAAAUCCAAACAAAACAUCGGUGCAGCUGCUUAAUCUUCUAGGGAAAUCUUGUGUAAUGUAUUUCUCUCAAAA